AACACCAGUGACACUCAGAGACACACCCAUCUGUCCCACUCAUACAGACCAAUAUGUCCUACUGAGGGGAGAAAAAAACGGUUUCAGACAGGCUGUCCUUAAAUGUUGUGGUGACAUCAUACUCUGUGAUCAAGUUUGUUAUUGGCUGACCAACAAACCUAAGCUCUACCCUCAGGAACGUGUGUCACUCUUCCGAAUCAUGUGAUCACACUGAUAAGGCAAACCAUAAACCUUUAGAGGAGACACGCUUAAUCGAAACCUAGAUUCAUCAUCAUCAUUUUCUGCCCGUUUGUUGUCAUGGCAACCGUGGGAUAGUCUCAGGUUUAUGACUUUAUGGCCCUUCCGAGUAAAGUCCUCUUAACACCCUGUCUCACACACACACACACACACACACUCCCAGAGAGGAGGCCGUCGGACUGGGAUUUACUCUAAAUACGUUUUCAUGCUAUAGAUUUAGUGUGUUGUUCUCUAGGACAGUGUGUGUUAGCUGUUUGUAUCUGUUAGCGUUUACUUUAGGUGUGUGUAUGUGUGUGUGUGUGUGAGAGAGAGUGUGUGUUAGCUCUCUUGUAGCACUAACCUUUAGAUUUAUUUGUACUCGUUAACACAAAAGGCCAGUUAGUGCACUGUGCCGCAGUGUGUAUUAGUGAGUAUAGCAGUUUUGCCGAAGUGUGUGUGUGCGUGUGUGUGUGUGCGCGAUCAUGUCGAUGGCGAUGGAGUUACUGGGCUUCUUGUUGUGUGUGGGUGGGUGGCUGCUGAGCGCCGUGAGUUUAGCGAAUAACUACUGGCGCGUGUCGUCGUACGCGGGCAGCGUGAUCAUGAGCACACAGCAGUACGAGAACCUGUGGCAGGCGUGUGUGAAGGCCAGUACAGGAAUCAGUAACUGCAGACGCUUCGAGUCCAUGCUCGCACUGGAUGCCCAUGUGCAGGCAUGCCGUGCUCUGAUGAUCAUAGCCCUGCUGCUUGGACUCGCCUCGAUCCUCCUCUCUGUCCUGGGGCUGAAGUGCACCAAACUGGGCGGCAUGAAGGAGACGAGUAAAGGACGACUCACACUCACCGCUGGAUUGAUGUUCAUACUGUCUGGCUUGUGUGUGCUGACGGCUGUGUCGUGGUACGCGUCGCGCAUCGUUCAGGAGUUCAACGACCCCUUUUACGUGGGAACAAAAUCUGAGCUGGGAACUGGUCUGUAUUUGGGUUGGGCCGCGGCGGUGUGUGUGAUUAUGGGAGGAGCCAUGCUGUGUGGAUCGUUCAAGAGAGCAAGAUCACCAAAACCCACAGAUGGUUACAGGUACAAGUCGUCAGCCAAUCAGCAGAUCUAUAAAACAGGCACUCACUUGGAGAGCAGCACCUCCAGAGCGUACGUCUGAGCCCAGAACCCUCUACACACACUGGAAAUGAAAAUUGUUUAUAAAAAUGUUUCUGGCACAUAGCAUGUGUGAGUGUGUGUGUUGUUUGUGGUGUUAAACAUGAUGUCUUUGUGUUGUUAUUGUGAAUAAAUGUUUCCGAAAUUGCAGGCUUUUGCCUUUAUGAAUUAAGAUGUUUUUGUUUUGUGUUGUUGUUGUUUGGGGUUUUUGUUUGUUUGUUGGGGGGGGGGGGGGGGGGGGGGUUGUUACAUUUUUUAGUAAAUAACAACAAUAGAUUCUAUUUAUAUAACUUCCGUUUUGGAUAAGUAGAGUAAUUGAUCAGUACUUGUUUUCUGUAUGUGGGGUUGGAUAAUAUUUUGGCAUGUUAAUGAGGAAUAAAUUAAAAAUUGUGAAUAUUUCUUUUCUGAUGUUUGAUGUGAAUAAAUCAGAACGGAUAUACUUGCGCCAUCUAGUGUCCUUUUAUUUAAACUGUGGUAGUAAUAAAUGUAACUGAAGGUUUCAUCAUUUAAAUAAAUCCUUUACGUUUUAUAUGCU